CUAGAUUUCUUGUCAACGACGUAGUCUCUCGAAACAUAUUGAAGGACCGCGAAAAGUGGAUUAAAUAACUAAAAGGACGGCCGUGGAUUUGAAGAAACUGGUGGAGAAGUUAAAAUCAAAGCAAUUUUACGUAUGAAUCAUUUAAACGCGAGUCCGCCCUCCAAAGAAAAUUCUGUACCAUUGGCGUUGAACGAAUCUUUACACUUUGUCACUUUUGUGACCGCAGGGAAUUGUGUACUAUGUCUUCUCAUCCCUUUGACGUUCGUCGGCGAUGUUGCCGUUUACACGGCGUUUUAUUUGAAUCGCAACUUGAGGACGCGUACGAACGCACUUUUCUUGAGCCUCGCCACCUCGGACAUUUUACUGGCUUUGUUUGUAUUACCUUUUGAAGUUGUCCGUUUGUCGUAUUAUCCACACUGGCCUUUUGGAGAAACGGCAUGCAACAUUUGGAACUCGGUAUUUGUGGCCCUUGGGAGUGCUUCAAUUUGCCACUUGUGCGCCAUCAGCAUCGAUCGGUUUCUAGCCAUUUCGCGCCCUUUGCGUUAUUGUAGCGACAUUUCAGCUGGAGUUCUUGCAUCUAUCGUGUUCCUUUGGUCGUUUGCUUUUUUAAGCGGGCUUGGAAGUUAUUUCAUUUGGACACAGCCAAACCCACAAGAGUGUGCUGAGCUAUCGGCUCCAUUGACAAGGUCUGUUCUUCUGCUGGUCUUUAACAUUCUGGUACCAUUUGUUAUUUGUCUGCUAACGUACGCCAAGAUUUUUCACAUAUCGCGGCAACAAGCCAAACGAAUUGUCGCAACUUGUCGUUGGAUCGAGAGAAGAAAUAACUAUUUAUCCGUGGAGAGAAAGUCAGCAAAAACCCUAGGUACUCUUGUCGGGGUUUUCACCUUUACCUACUUUCCGUUUCUUGUCUUCCAUGCCCUGGACGGUGCUUUCAACGAGAAGCUACCGAAUCGAUUUUAUUUUGGUAGUGUUGUAAAAUGGUUAACUUUCGGUAGCUCUGCCAUAAACUGGGCGCUGUAUGGAUGUCUAAACAAGGAGUAUAGAGAAGCAUUAUAUAGGAUCUUUAAUUUUCUUGGGUGUAAAGCUUGUCGCAGAGAAACGAACCAAAUUAACAACAUAGAAGCGUACACAAUCUCCUGAAUACGUGAUAAAUGGAUUGUUUGAGAACUCUAGUGGUAAAGGAUUUACAACAAGCUUUAACUUGUGAGUUUUGUUCCAAGUUAAUUCCGUUAGUUUUACCUUCAGGAUCAAGCAUGUCUUAUGUACAGAAUAUUGGUCAACCGUUAAAAAAAAUUGACAUAUAGAGCGGUUUUUAACUGGUUUUGGUUUUACUACGGUGUGAGAUUGGCUGAGUCGUCUAAUCGGUAAGUAAUUGUGUUUUCACUCAAUUGAAAACCGCGUCUGACACCUGAGUGGAGAGAGCAGUUAGUGAGAGAUAAAUGAACAUGUCGACUGCAUAGAGAGUCUGAAAAUUAUUAGAAGUGGAAAGUUGUGCUUACUGCUAUGCGUGGUUUCAAAUGAGUAAAAAAACAUUAGUUUAUUGAUCCAUGAGAAACAAACAAUUAGAGAGAACAAACAAUCAAGAAUCAAACGCACUAAUGAAGGAACGAGCGAACAAGAAAACAAACAGACGAACUCUAGGCGAAUGAAUAAAAAGAA